AUGGCCACGUCUAAUGAGCUGCGCGUCGUGAAUGGUUCGGGAAAGGUUUCGACGUUCAAGCUGACGGACUCUAGUCUGCUCAUAAGCCGUGACCCGAAGAAGACGGUGGAUGUCCCCUUGAAGCAGGUGCUAUGGGCCGAGCACGCGCAGGAUACGCUCCAUGUCCACUUUCUUGCUCGGAAGAGUAAGAAGGGCUCUCUGAGCCUCGUCAAAGCCAGUGGACGUAUAUUCCCGGCAGACAAGUCCGCAGUAGACGCAUGGAUCGACGCCCUGACGGCCAAGGCUUAUGAAGGUGUGAAGCAGCGCAGACGUCUGAAGGUCUUGGUUAAUCCGCACGGUGGCCAGGGGAAAUCAGUAGCCAUAUUCCGCAAGAAGGUCGAGCCAAUUCUUAAGGCCGCGCACUGCACGCUGGAUGUUACCUACACAACGCAUUCGAAGCAUGCGCAAGCCCUCGCCAAAGACCUGUCGCUCGAUUUUGACGCGGUUGUCACCGUGUCGGGUGACGGUCUUAUUCAUGAAGUGAUAAAUGGAUUUGCAGAGCACGCCCAGCCGCUGAAAGCUCUGAAUAUACCCAUCGCGCCUAUACCCACCGGCUCGGGCAACGGCCUAUCUUGCAAUCUCCUAGGAGUCAAGGACGCCUUCGACGUGUGCGCCGCUGCGUUGAACGCCAUCAAAGGUCGGCCCAUGAAGACCGACCUCUUCUCCUUUACGCAGGGCAACACCCGCCGCUUGUCCUUCUUCUCGCAGGCGGUGGGGCUAAUGGCCGACCUUGAUCUCGGCACCGAGCACCUUCGCUGGAUGGGCGACACGCGCUUCGUCGUAGGCUUCCUGCGCGGCAUCGCGAAGUUAAGCCCGUGCGCCGCCACACUAUCCGUAAAGGUCGCCGAGAGCGACAAGGACAAGAUGCUCGAAUCGUACCGGAAAGUUAGGGACGCCGCGCCGCCUCCUCCGGAGGCAGAAAGCGAGAGUGAAGGGGCGUUGCCGCCGUUGCAGCACACCUCGCCAGGGAAAGGCGACGACGGCUGGGUCACUUUCGAUAAACCGCUGCUCUAUGUGUAUGCGGGACAAGGCCCUUACGUCGGACGCGAUCUAAUGCAAUUCCCACUUUCCUUGCCUGACGACGGUCUCAUCGACGUAGUCGCCCAAGAGCUGACAUCGAGGGGGGAUAUGCUCAAAGCCUUGGACGGCGCAGAGAAAGGCGGGCCAUUCUGGCUUCCUACCCAACACUACUUCAAGGCGCACGCCUACAGGUUGACUCCUCGCUCAAAGAAAGGCUGUCUAUCCAUCGACGGCGAGGCCUACCCGUUCGAAGAAUACACCGUCGAAGUCCACCCCAAGCUCGGCACACUCCUGAGCAUGUACGGUCGCUACGUUGAUGACUUCAAAAUGCAGAAACCUCAGUAA